AUCAUAAAGCAAAAUAUCCCCGGCUUUAGUACUUAAUACGUUGUCAUAAUGGGAGCUAGGCUGUUUGUGUUCCUCUUGUUAUUCGUGUUACUGGGUGUAGUGAAAGCCGCUGUUGUCAUAAAUGUAUUUGAAGAGGCCAAAAAUAACCCAGAAGUCGUCGCAGACGAAGACAUACUAGGAGAGGGGUGCAAUGAGCUGGAAUGCGGAAUCGCUUGUCGCGCCCAAGGAUUUGCGAGAGGCCUAUGCAUCGCGGGCCGAUGCCAUUGCUUCCAAAUAACAAAAGAUAAUGAAUACACCUUGGAGAGUGGUUGCAACUACCAAGCAUGCGACCAGCUGUGUCGCCGACUAGGCUUCACAGGGGGCGUUUGUGUCGGCGACAGGUGCAAGUGCGACAACUUUUCGCCACUAACAGAUAAUGAAUACAGCUUGGAGGGUUGCAACUACCAAGCAUGCGACCAGUUGUGUCGGCGUCUCGGCUUUGCAGGGGGCGUUUGUGUCGGCGGUAGAUGCAAAUGCGAUAUUAUGCUUGAACUAAAAGAUGAUUCUAUGACAAAACUGGAAGCAGUCGGCGGAUGUACUAAAAAAGCCUGUAGGAAUGUAUGUCAUAAGUUAGGGUACAAACAUGGGAUAUGUAUUUUCGGAAAAAAAUGUGUUUGUUACAACGUAGUGAAUAACAAAGAUAACCUUGAAAGAUUGUCGUGCAAUGAUUCAUCAUGUGACGCCCUGUGUCGGCGAAAAGGCUAUCUCUACGGCUUGUGUAUCAACAACAAAUGCGUAUGCAGUAAGGCCUUAAAUGAACUUACAAACUAUGGUACAGAAAUUAACGAUGAUAAUAAUAAUCGUAUAGACAAUGAAACAAUUUGAUAUUUUAUAUAAGUUUUUUUGCAAAAAAUUCAUUUUUUGGCUCAAGCUUUUGUCGCCGGCUGUACCUUUCUUUCAACAGUCAUCUACUGCUCGCCGAGACGUUUUGUAAAAAACCGCUUACUCGGUGGGGAUACGACGUUUCAUAACAAAGUUCCUAUGACCACCUUUCUGCUCCAUCAUCAGAUCAGCUCCAUGAUACCAUAAUAUUGCAUUGUCACGUGAUUUACAUAUGUGUGCAAAAUUUCAGCUCAAUCGGAAACCGGAAAGUGGGUCUUUAGUUUCUACGUUUUGACCCAAACUAACAUACUAAAAUAAGGCAAAUUGAAUAAAAGCUUGUAAUAAUAAGAUGGAUGUUUUCAAGAUUAUUAUCCUACAACUACAUGUUGUCCCACUGAUGGGCAAUCGAUCUCCUUUCGUCUCGAUGUUAAGUAUUUUCCGGCCUGUCGCUAAGACAUACUCCCAAGGCCUGUAGCCAAGAAUGCAAUCAUUGAUGCUACGUGGUGAAUGUAAUCAAAUUGAUCAACUGGCUAUGUCGCACCAAUGCGGAGGAGAAAUGGACAGAUAUUAACCACGAUACGACGAGCGUCAACAAUUGUACUCUUGGCUACAUCCCGCCAUUGAGCCUGACCAUCCGGCUGUUUCAGUUAUGAUCUGACAGAUCCUUGCCCAUCUUAAGGCCCCCGAAGAAAAGUAUCGUAGGUAAUGUUAGGUAGGUACUUGAUCGAUAUAAAACUAUUUACCUUAUUGUGUUUUGCACUGUAUUUUGCUUAUCUCUCUAUACGCCCUUGAGGAUUUGUUGGAAAUUAAAUGAUACAAGAUAACCUCAUUGUUGAAAUGCUUUAGAAGAGGAGGAAAAUAAUAUUCAGCUAUUGUACUAUUUGUAUUCAUUUUUUAAUAAAAUAGUUUCUAACAGU